AUGAAAAAGAGUGAUCCUCACUAUGAUGUUCUUGAAGUAUCGCCUUGGAUUGCUGUUGGUGAUCUGACAGUGAUUGCAUUGAUAAAGGCACUGGGAGUUUUAAGGAGGAUUACGAAAGGGGAUAAAAUGGCGAAAAUGUCCUCCUUUGCGAACAUGGUGAGAAGGAGACUUUCAGAUAUUACUAAUUCUUUACCAAAUCCCAAGUCUCCUGCGUUUGUGGAGAAGUUGCCCUCAGAUACUGCUUCUGGCAAAGAUUACAUUGACCAUUUUGUUAAGAUAAUUUGUUAUGCAUUUUUUUGUAUACAUCACGUUUAUUAG